AUGUCGUCGAAAAAGCUCUCAGCCGCCGAAAAGCGCAGGAGACUUGAAGAAUUAUUUCACGAAACGAAAACCUUCUACCAACUCAAAGAACUUGAGAAGAUCGCGCCAAAACAAAAAGGAAUAGUUUCACAAUCGGUUAAGGAUGUUCUUCAAGAUUUAGUGAACGAUAAUCUCGUCGCUCAAGAUAAAAUUGGUACAUCCAAUUAUUUUUGGUCGUUUCCUAGUAGUGCUCUUCAAUCGCGAACAGCUAAAAUCGAAGAACUUCAAGAAGAAAUCACCAAAUUGAAAGAAAAAAAUGCUGAUUUACAGGCGAAUAUCGAGAAGGCUUUAGACGGUCGUAAGGAUUCAGCUGAACGAGCUUCCCUGUUGAAAACGUUAGCAGAGGCAGAAGCUUUGGACAAGAAGAAUGAGGAAGAAUUGAAACGUUAUCGUGAAUGUGAUCCCGUGACUUUAAAUGAAAAAG